GCAACUCGACAAACCUAUUGUGUGCACCUACUAGACGAUAGUUGGAGUGAGCGAAAUACAAGAGUGAGAUAAAAAGAGAGGGAGAGUACUCCGAGUACUCUCGAGUAACGUUUCCGAACGCAGCCUAUAUCAGGCUGAUUUAUUUCAGAUUCGCUUCUGUGGCGCUCCUUUGGUGUGUGACGACGUGUCUCUACUCGUGGCAAGAUUCUGUCAUAAGUGGUGCACGAUGAAGCUUGUAAAUAGGUUAUUUUGUUUGCUUUUCGCGUUCGUCAGCGUAAAUGCCGGCGGUCCAACUCUCGUUUUACUCGACAAUCUUGCGAUUAAAGAGACACACUCAAUAUUCUUCAAGAUAUUACAGGAUAGUGGUUAUGUGUUAACUUUCAAAUCAGCUGAUGAUGCAUAUCUACAACUUUCCAAAUACGGUGAAUUCUUAUAUGAGCAUUUAAUAAUAUUUGCACCUACUGUAGAAGAAUUUGGUGGUGCUCUGAAUGUGGAGACAAUAACAGAUUUCAUAGAUGGUGGUGGAAAUGUUUUGAUUGCUGGCUCUUCACAAUCUGGUGAUGCCUUGCACGAAUUAGCCUCAGAAUGCGGCUUGGAAAUAGAUGAAGAGGGUUCUGCUGUAAUUGAUCAUAUGAAUUACGAUAUUUCUGACAGUGGUCAGCACACUACUAUAGUAGCUGAAUCAGCAAAUUUGAUAGAUGCUUCAGUUAUUGUUGGAAGUAAAAAUAUUCCUCCAUUACUUUAUCAAGGAACUGGUUUAAUCGCAGAUAUUGAUAAUCCUUUGAUUUUGCGUCUAUUAUCGGCAUCAACCUCAGCAUAUACAUAUAAUCCAGACCAUCCAGUCAAAGAUUAUCCACAUGGUGUUGGCAAGAAUACUUUGCUAAUAGCUGCUCUACAAGCUAGGAAUAAUGCAAGAGUCCUAUUCUCAGGCUCACUGUUCUUCUUCAGUGAUGAAGCAUUUACUAGCCCGGUCCAAAGGGGACAAGGUGGCCAGAAAUAUGAGAAGUCCGGCAACCAAGCAAUGGCUAAGGCUAUGGCCCAGUGGGUAUUUAAGGAAAACGGCGUCAUACGUGUGUCAUCUGUUCACCACCAUAGAGUCGGCGAAUCGCAGCCACCUGCCGCGUAUACCAUUAUGGAUGAUGUAGUAUACUCUAUCAACGUGGAGCGACUGUCGUCGGGCGGCAAGUGGGUGCCGUACGAAACGAACGAUCUGCAGUUGGAAUUUGUGCGCAUCGAUCCAUUCGUGCGUAUGACCAUGAAGCCAGUGGGAAACGGUAGCUAUGAGGGCAGGUUCAAGAUACCUGAUGUCUACGGUGUAUACCAGUUCAAAGUGGACUAUUCGCGCGUCGGACUGACACAUUUAUACAGCACCACGCAGGUGUCUGUGCGUCCACUGCAACAUACGCAAUAUGAGCGCUUCAUACCAAGUGCAUUCCCGUACUACAUAAGCGCGUUCUCCAUGAUGGGUGGUGUUUUCCUGUUCUCACUCGUGUUCUUACAUUAUAAGGAAGACACAAAGCCCAAGUCAGAAUAACUUGUGGGUAUGCGCAAUAGACACAGUAUCUUAUGUAUACAAUUAUGUACUUGUCAUUUUUUGUUUUUGAUUCGAUAUUUACUUCAAAAGAAACCUGUAUUAUUUUUCAAACGUUUGCUACUAUGAAGAAACUACAAAUUAAAAAAUUGGAAGACCUACAGUCUGGUAUUGACAGCCUUUCAUUGUUGUGAUUAGUGAACAACAUAAUGCUACAGAAUAAUGUAGACGAUUUACAUUUAUAUGUGUUGAUUAUAGGAUUUUAUAGUACUUCUUAAUAUAUUAAAAUUGAAAGAAAAAUUUUCACAAAAUUUGUUUUUCUACUUGUGUUUCUCUCCUCAAAGAAUGGAGCAUCAUUCAUAUGUACAUAAAUCAGUAGACAUUUUUAUAUGUAAUACGAUUUAAUAAGCAGAAAUAAAUAUUAAACAUUA